AUGUCUCGAUUCUGGCCACAUGCUCCUUACGCAGAGGAUCAACCUCUUGCAAAAACAAUUCUCACAACACAUGUAAUCACACGAGCAAUCACUCUCAACACAAUCAUCGCAGCAGGCAUAACAACAACACGCCAAGUCAUCCCCUUCCUCCGCCCAAAACAACCUGAUGCUCUCACCUUCUUCCCACGGCUCGUCCGCUCGGCAUCAACAGGCACAGUUCUUGCCUUGGCUGUUGGGACUCUCAUGACAGUUGGGCGCAUGCGUGGGAGAGAAGAGAUCGAAUGGCAAGAUCGAAGUUGGAGGUUGUUAGAGAACCCUGGACAGGUGGAAACUGAUGACUGGACUGUCUUGGGUGCUGGAACUGGAGCGUUAAUAGGAGCUAAUGCCUUGAGGGGUUGGAGAGGAACUGUUGGUGGUUUGGGAUUGGGGACUGUGGGUGGUAUGUUGGGAUACAUGGCUUGGAGAUAUGGUGUUAAUGGGGGCAAGUUUCCCAAGAAGGAGGAUGUAUUGUAA